UCCAUCUUCUUCUUCUCCAUCCCCACGAUUACCUUUCGUCUUCUCCAAGCCGCAGACCUCUAUUCGUCUUCUUCACAUUCAUCGUUCUGUCUCCAUCAACCCACCGAAACACCCAUGAAGCCAUGACUGGUCUCUUCUCUUCGUCUUCUCCACAAAGCCACACCCACGAAUCCACGAAACCACAGAGCCACACUCACGAAUCCACGAAGUCACUGGUCUUCUCCAGUUGUCCCUAGAUUAUUAUUGCCUCAAUGGCGAUUUUACCAGUUCGCAAUUGGCCCGCACGUUUCAGCAUGCAAAGUAUGGAAAGAAAACAAAAACAAUAACAACGCCCAAGUCCAAGGUCUUCCUCCCACUUCCCACUUCCUAGUUUUAACCCUCUCUCUCUCUCGUCCCGUCUCUGCAUAAUCAUGCAAAUACUACCUACCCAUCCACAAUUACAGAUAAGGUAUUGGAACCAAUUCACAAACCCAGAUAAGAAACAUUGAACACGAGUAAAAUGACCCACCUUGGAAUCCAACCCAGAUUCCUCUUGCUUUUCCUCCUCCCCAUCAAUUUGCUAUUUGCAGAAGAAGAAGCGGCGAAGUGUGGAUAUGAGAAAAAAUGGUUUUGAGAUACGAGAAAAUGAAACAGUGCCGUAUCCAUUUAAUGCCACGCGGGAUGCGAUUACGCCGCGGUUUCUCCUUGCGGUUGCCUCAGCAUUUUUCAAAAAAACAUAUAUACUGCAGACGGACAUCUGAGAUUUUUCACGCGGGAAGUAUAUCUGAAUCUUCUCCUCGAAUCUACUUGCCUCUGGUCAUUGCAUUUUCUUGUCCAAAUGUUUGAUACCUCACUUUCCAGUCUGCCAUUUCUUUUCACUCUUAUGUCUCUGGACCCCAACCGUACAACGCUUCCCCUGGGUAUAAGCCAGAGAGUCCAAAAUUCAAAUGCUGCAGGCAGGAAAGUGAAACUGCUGCAUAUAUCACCACAAAAAAUAAAGCCAACACCACCCCGGAAAGGUUAGUUGACCGUUAAAUCGGGACAGCUGACUGACUCGUCCAACUUCACCAACACCCCCCACCCCCAAAACAAACGCACAAAACCAGCCCGUUGUUAGACAGUGGGUGGGUACAAAGUACAAACAAUACCUAAACUACGGUUUCUUACCUGUCCUCCUUUAUUUAAUUUUUUUUGUAUGGAAUAUUGUCCAUAAUGAAUCCCCGGCACCCCUCCACCUCGCCUUGGAAGCUCCGCCAUCCAAACUCCUGUGGGGUUUUCGAUCCAAAACUGCCUCAAUUCUAUCGAUAACUCUGUUUUCUUUACUAGUCAAGCUGUUUCAAUCACAAGUAAGUCUUUGACCUCUGACAUUUUCAUCAUCAAGUCUAAAUCCUCGUCAAGAAGUUCAUUUGAGAGCCUUUAGUUUUUCGGUCCAUGGCGGUCGUCUGGGGUUUAAGUCUUAUGCGUGGUACUAUUAUCACGAAAAUCCCUUGUUUGGAAUCGAAGAAUUGGGUCUUUGGAACCCCCUGUUUUGGUGGCGGGUUUUGUUGCAAUGGAGGGAAGAUGAAGGGAAAGGUUGGGAUUGGAGUAAGGACAGUGGUGCGAGUAAGUGGGGAGGAAUCGGAAGGUUUGUGGGAUUUCAAGGGUUUAAGGGGAGUUUUGGGGUUUGAUGUGGUUUCGGAGGGGGAGUUGAGGGAGAAGGGGUUUAUGGGAAUGAGGAAGACGAAGCUCGUGUGCACAAUAGGACCAGCGUGUUGCUCCUUGGAGGAUUUGGAGAAGUUGGCAUUGGGAGGGAUGAAUGUGGCUAGGCUUAAUAUGUGUCAGAAUGCGAGGGAGUGGCACCGAGAUGUGAUUAGGAAGAUUAAGAGCUUAAAUGAAGAAAAAGGAUUUUGUGUUUCGGUCAUGAUUGAUACUGAAGGUAGUCAGAUUCAUGUGGUGGAUCAUGGAGCUCCUUCCUCUGUCAAAGCAGAGGAUGGUUCAAUCUGGCUGUUUACAGCGCAAAAGUUUGAGGGUUCGCGUCCAUUCACUGUUCAAGCUAACUAUGAAGGUUUUUCUGAAGGUAUCGAGGUGGGAGAUGAACUUAUUAUUGACGGUGGAAUGGCAGGGUUUGAAGUAUUAGAAAAGAUUGGGAGUGAUUUACGUUGUAAGUGCACUGACCCUGGUUUAUUCCUGCCUCGAGCCAAAUUGAGCUUUUGGAGAGAUGGGAAGCUGGUGGGGAGGAAUUAUGGGAUUCUUACUCUAUCAACUAAGGAUUGGGCUGACAUUGAAUUUGGAGUUUCUGAAGGUGUCGAUUUCAUUGCCAUGUCAUUUGUAAAUGAUUCCGGUUUUGUCAGACAUCUUAAGAACUACCUCUCCACCAAAUCAUCUGUAUCCACGAAGGUAGUGGCAAAGAUAGAGUGCUUGGAGUCUCUACAGAAAUUGGAAGAGAUAAUAGAGGCCUCAGAUGGAAUCAUGGUGGCUCGGGGUGACCUUGGAGUUGAGAUUCCACUUGAACAGAUUCCUAUCGUGCAAGAAGAAAUAGUUCAUCUUUGCAGGCAACUAAACAAGCCAGUAAUUGUAGCUUCUCAACUUCUUGGGUCCAUGGUUGAAUAUCCCACCCCAACACGCGCUGAGGUUGCAGAUGUUUCUGAAGCAGUUAGGCAGUAUGCUGAUGCGCUGAUGUUGUCCGGUGAGUCAGCUAUUGGUUUAUAUGGACAGAAGGCUCUUUCUGUCCUGCAGAUGACCAGCAGUCGAAUGGAAUCAUGGGGUCGUGUGGAAAAUCAACAAAGUCGUCUCCAUCAGUAUCAACUUGGAGUAUCAUUGCCUGAUCGAAUUGCUGAGCAGAUAUGCAAAUGUGCUGCAGAAAUGGCUAACAAACUUGGUGUGGACGCAAUCUUUGUGUACACGAAGCAUGGACACAUGGCAUCACUCCUGUCACGCAACCGUCCAAACCCUCCCAUAUUUGCAUUUACGAAUGAUGAUAACACCCGUAGGGCUCUGAAUCUGCAAUGGGGAGUAAUUCCGCUCCUUGUUGAUUUAUCGGCUGACAUGGAAGCUAACAUCUCAGAAACCAUUGACCUAAUAAAAUCAGGAGGGAUGCUGAAAGAGAGAGAUGCUGUUUUGGUGGUCUCAGACGUCCCUCCAACCCGUGCAACCCCAAUGGCUUUCCAAUCAAUCCAGGUCAAGACCAUCACUUAGGGACUCAAUCUUUCCAUGAUAUGCUGUGUAACUAAAGCCUAGGGUAGCUCAAUUACUCGGAUUAUCAUCCUUCAGGACUGAGUAUUCGUGCAGAUUGUAGUUUUGGUUUUAUUAACACACAAGUUUUAGUUAAAAUUGUUGUCCCCUAUUUGGUUGUAACUUGUAAGGAACUCUAUGAGUUUCUUUGACGUGUCGUUGUAGAUGAAUUGCACAUGUUUGUUGGAACUAUAUACAUCUACUUGGAGUAUGUAAUUUGUUGUAAUUGGUUGCUCUCUGCCUCAAAAAUAGUCCAAGUUUUCAGGCUGUAGUCCAACCAGAUGUUGUCAAAUAUAUACUUAUAUAUACAUACGUGUGUGUGUGUGUGUGUGUAUUCUCUA